UGAAGGUCGAGGUUGAGGUUGCGCCUCCUUCCCUCCUCUACCAAAUCCGGACAAGUGAGAUAUUUUGCCAAGAUUUCGAACUGGCCGUAAUUCAUUUUUUUCCACUUUUUCGAACUCCAUCUGCAUCGCAGGCACACGACGAAACGUCCGACUUCGUUUCACGCAACAACAAGCCCACUUCCCAACCCAGGGAAGCAUUUGCAAGUCCAAGGCCGCCAGUUGAAAAUAAUUGACUUUGCAAAUGGCGGACUCCAACCUCGAGGAGCGAUUGAAGAGCCAUGCUCGAGCUUUCGAGGGCCUCAUGUCCUUGAUACCUGCGAAGGAAUACUAUGGAAAGGACUCCAGUAUAACAAGCACACAAUGGUCGAAGAAAAAGCAAACAAAAGAAGAACGACAAGCUGCAAAACGUGCUAAGCUUGAUCCCGCCUCACACAAGACCGCCAAAGAUGUCAUGGACGAGAACGCACGAAAACGGAAGCGCGAACUUGAAGGCGAGGAUUCUUCCUCAGCAUCUUCAGACACAGACCUUGACAUGGACAUCGAAAAGGAGAAGCCACUAGAGGGCCUGCGAAAGGCUUCGACCAAAUCCAAAAAGCAAAAGACUGAAGGCGAAGAUUCAGAAGCUGAGGCGAGCUUUGAUGAGGAGGACCCUGUUGACCAUGACGAGCCCGAGGCCAAUGAGGAUGAGGAGGAGGAUGUUGUCGAGGAAAAGAAGCCAGAGGACGCCAAGGCUAAGGCAGCCGCUGAGAAGCGGAAGCAGAAGCUUGAAAAGAAGAAAGAGAAACUGGCGAAGAAGCAACAAAAUAAAGAAAACAAGAAAGCCCUACAAAACGAGUUCAGCGAAGGUCUUGGUAACUCCAACGGAGAUGCCGAAGAUGACGAACAAGAGGAGGAUGCUUUGGAGGAGGAUGCCGACGAACGCCUCCAGCCUCUGGACGUCAGCGGUUUGGUGGAAGACCCUCAAUCAACUGCUGCCUCAUCGAUUGCAAAUUCGAACGCCUCUACUACCUCAAACGCCUCAGCUGCCUCGUCCUCAUCAUCCAUAAUACCUCCAGCCGAUGCCUCAUCUGAAAAGAAAGAGGAAAAAUCGUUCAAGUAUGACCCCAAGAAGCACGAAGCCUUCCGUGACCGUCUCGCACAGAAGUUGGCAGCGAUGCGAGCGGCGAGAAAAGCAGAUGGUCCCGAUGGUCGACCAGCAAGAAAUCGAGCAGAACUCAUCGAAUCUCGACGGAAAAAGGAAGCAGAGCGGAAGAUCGCCCGCAAGGCCAGUCGUCAGCUUGCAAAGGAGGAUGAAGAGCGCCUAAAGGCUGAGGAGCAACUUGCACGAUUACGAGGUGGUUCCGGCUCACCCUCGCUCUUCUCACUGCGCCCAACGCCCGAGCACGAUGCUCUUGCUUUCGGUCGCGUUGCUUGGAAGGACGGCCAGCAGCUAGACAGCAAUCUUUCAGGCUUUUUGGAAGCUAAGAAAAGGAAGGGUAAAUCAGACGCAAAGACUGCGCUCGAGGCAGCCGAGAAGAAGAGAGCACGAAUCAAUGCUCUUGAUGAAGUCAAGCGGAAGGACAUUGAAGAGAAGGACAUGUGGCUCGACGCUAAGAAGCGAGCGCAAGGAGAGAAGGUGCACAACGACGCUGCCUUGCUAAAGAAGAGCGUCAAGCGUCAAGAGAAGGCUAAAGCAAAGAGCAAGCAAGAAUGGAAAGACCGAUUGACAAGCGUCCAAAAGGCCCAGGAGGCCAAGCAAAAGAAGCGAGAGGAGAACUUGAAGAAGCGACGAGACGAGAAGGGUAGCAAGAAGGGCAAAAAGGGAACAAAGGCCAAAAAGCCCGGUAAAAAGGUGAAGCGGCCAGGUUUUGAGGGAACAUUCAAGGCGAGGUAAAAAAGUCAUUUAGUGAAAGCGAAUCUGGCGGCUUCUUCUAUGGCCGUCAAAAGUAGAUGAUGCAUAAUUUUUGGCGCAAGAU